AUGGCUCGAUCCCCCCACAUUAUUCACGAAUGUCCCUCAGUGGAGAACACGCUUUCUGUGGCGGCAUACCAGGCCCAGUACCCUGCGUGGUACUCGCUGGAUAACGAUAAGUUCGUUUACCACGCGGGCGGCCCAAACUACACGUUGGCGCUAGCCCAUGGCCAAAACGUGGUGCUUGACCCGACUGUGGCGCUGAUGGUAGGCCCAGUGGCGCUUUUCGUGCUCGAUACAAGCCUUGUUCUUUGGCUGGACCGUUGUUCGUCAGGUUUGGACAUUCCAUACACUCUGAUAUCGCUUCACGCACUUCAAGACACCGCUCACGGUGCUGUAUUGUACCUACAAUUACUCACAUGUGACCUCUGGCACUUUUCAGCGCCAGACGGCCGUGUUCAGACGGUGGAAAUCACGCUUUCCGAGCACAGUCCCCAGGAACCUAUGUUCGGCGCAACUCACACCAUUCUUGAAGUCUACGACGCAUUAGGAGCGUGUUCGGCCCUUCACUACGAUACAGAUUCGGCUUCUGAGGAUGAGUCCGCCUUCGGUGCCGCCAUCCCCAUGCAAUGGCUCGAUUCGACAGACUGCGCUAUGGACCACGCCGCCGAUACUGAAACCCCCAGUGAACAUACGCAUAUGUCCAAUGGUCUUACUUCUGUCGAGUGGGUUAACGAUGGCGUGGCUGACGACUUGGAUCCAGGCCGUGCAGAUACAGAUAUAGAAGCGGGUAUGAAUGUGGCCAUGCACACCACCCAGAUUGCAGGUACAGUACGCCGUCGUCGGUCAUCCGGCUCCGUGAAUAAGACACGGAAAAUCGGCUGA